CCGAUUGGCGGAUGCAACACUGCUUUCCUUCCUCUGGUUCGGGCCCGGCCACGCCCCUUUGGAACGUCCAGGCACUUUCGGAACUGCGCGGAGUUGCGGCCGCCGGCUGGCUUCUUGGGGCGUCGAAACCCGCAGCGCAUGGACAAGGCGCCGCGGACUUAAAAAGGGGGUGCGACGUUUGAGUGCGGCAAAUUUUGGAGGCUUCCCAAAUUGAAGAGGCUGUCGAUCGGUGCGUGUUCGGGAUGGCCGGAUCGUGGGACUCGGAUACGAAACUGGAGGCCAAGAUGGUCUGGAACCCGUAUGAGACCACGCCGCGCUCGGUGCAGGCGCUGGAGCUGAAGCUGGGCUCCCUGGUGCUACUCCUGUUGGUGACCCUGCUGUGUGCGUUCAUCCCGCUUUGGCUGUUCCGGAGGCCGGGGUCUGCCCUCAACAGUGGAAGCUUUGCCCCUCAACGGAAAACCCUCAGCCUGGUGAGUUGUUUUGCCGGUGGCAUUUUCCUGGGGACGUGUCUUCUCGACCUGCUUCCUAGUUAUCUAGCCAGCAUUAACGAAGCCUUAGAUGAUUUGCAAGUCACGCUCCGUUUCCCUUUGCAAGAAUUCAUCAUGGCGAUGGGCUUCUUCAUCGUUCUGGUGUUGGAACAGAUCGUGCUGGCUUAUAAGGAUCCGUCGGGAUCCCUGGAAGAGACCGAAGCUCUCCUGAACUCUGCUUCCCAUCAGCAUCCGUCCCUGCAGCAGGACCAGAGUUGGCCGGAGGGAUCCCAGCGGCCCCUGGCUCGCGACCGCCUGGCCGGUGAGCGCACCCACGUCCACGUGGACUUCAACGCCCACUCGGCCAUCCGCUUGGUGGUGCUUUUCCUGGCGCUCUCGCUCCACUCCGUCUUCGAAGGGCUGGCCGUGGGGCUGCAGGAAGACGGCGCCCAAGCGUUGGAGAUCUGCCUGGGGCUUCUGAUCCACAAAGGCGCCAUCGCCUUCAGCCUGAGUCUCAAGCUCUUGCAAGGGCGGCUGCGUCCCCGGGCCGUGGCGAUCUGCCUGGUUAUCUUCUCGGCCAUGACCCCGUUCGGCAUCGGGCUGGGGGUGUCUCUGACUGAAGUCCCCAUGGCGGCUCUGUCCCGCCUCUCCCGCAGCGUCCUGGAAGGCUUAGCCACGGGAACCUUCAUCUACGUCACCUUCAUGGAGAUUCUGCCUCACGAACUCGCCUCUUCGGAGCAGCGUAUCCUGAAGGUCAUCGUUCUCCUGCUCGGAUUCGCCCUGGUCACCAGCAUUUUGUUCGUGAAGAUCUGAGCUGGGGCGGCAGGCGCGGGGCAGGUGGAGAAAAACCAGCCAGCUCCCGGACACAACUCUGUGGGAAGCGUCCUACGCCGCGACGACUACCGAUUCCUCCUUAUGGGAGUUUCCCAAAUAUUUUUCCUCGGUUCCCUCAUUUUCCGUUUGCCAAAAACUUUGGCUCCCAUCGUUCUUGCCUUCUCCCUCUUAACGAGGGCUACCAAACCCCCCACCUCUUGAAAAACUGAACUCCGUUGAUAGCCAAGCCAGCCAUCAAACCUGCCAAUCCACCCCGGGAAGAUCAGGGACAAAGAUUCCCGCACGACAAAAUAUCUACUCCGCUCCGCUCAAACUCCAAAUAUUUUCUGCAUUGAGUCAAAUCGGAGCUCUGUGGCGGAGUUAGGACUUCGAUUUAGUGCAAAACGAGACUGUUUGGGUUGGUUUAAUAAAUUGGGUUGGGUUGUGGGGAGGGGGGGGGAUAUUGUGGGGGGGGGGAGAGAGAUAUUUUUGGUGCCAACCAUCUCGCUUCAGCUUUGAGUGAGACAACCACAGUGCCUUCAUUUUUCCUCCAGUGCCUUAAAUGUUUGUCCGACGUGGGAGACGAGUGAAUUAACCCUGGUUUUAUAUUUUCGAGUUUAGGAUUCUUUCAACGCCUUUGACAAGAGUUUUAGGCUGUUUCAUCCCUUGGACAAUCUCAAUUUGUCUCCAUGCCAGCUUCUCAACUCGG